CACUUGUAAAAGCUGUCUUAACAUCACACUAAAGUCAAGUGGUAGUAUCGUAAUUACUAACAUCUGCAGUGUCAUUUCGACAUGUUACUUCUCUUUUAACUAAACCUCGUCUCUGUUUCUCUUUCAUCAAAGUUCGUGCACUGAAAAACAUGAGAGGACUCUCCAGAAACUCCGGCACGGCGGCGAUUCUCGCGAUCUUCGCAAUCCUCGCCGUUCAGCACUUGACCGUAGCCGCCGACUUCCCUCCGUUAGAGACAGAGUGCCGCGGUACCAUAGCCGAAUGCUCGGUUUCCGCCGCGUUUGGAGACGAAGGAGAUCUGUUCUACGGCGGAGGAAUGGGAGCGGAGUUCGAGAUGGACUCGGAGAUCAACCGGCGCAUGUUAGCGAACAGGAGGUACAUCAGCUACGGUGCGCUGAGGAGAAACAGUGUACCUUGCUCACGACGCGGCGCAUCUUACUACAAUUGCCGACGUGGCGCACAAGCCAACCCGUACUCUCGCGGCUGCAGUGUCAUCACUCGCUGCCGGCGAUAAAUCUGUAAUUUUCCUCAAUAUUCUUUUCUUUUUUCUUAUAUAUAUAAUUUUCAGAUAAUUUCUCAGUUUCA